CUGCGUCAUGUAUAUUUCCUUCCUAUAUUAAACUAAUAAGAAACCUCUAUCUAGAUCUAUCAAUAAGAACAUCAUAAAGAAAAUGGCAUUUUUAACAGGAAUUGAUAUUCUGAAAACAUUAGUGAGCUCAGUAUUUGUUGCAAUCUUAAUCUUAAUCACAAACUGGUUAUGGGUGAUACCCAAAAGAAAGGAGAAAUUUCUCAGAGAACAAGGUUUACCUGGUACUUCUUACAACUUCUUGUUUGGAGACAUGAAAGAUCACUCCUCCAUGAAAACUUCAGCAUUACAAAAACCCAUGAGUUCCUUCACCGAUGAUUAUUAUCCGCGUGUCGAACCGUUUGGCUAUCAGAACUCCAAAAGAUUUGGGAAGAACUUCUUAGUCUGGGCUGGUCCGACGCCUAUGAUAUCCAUCUCAACACCAGAACUAAUAAGAGAGGUCUUCACAAAGAUGCAUGAUUUUCAAAAGGCCAAGUUCAGCCCCAUUUUUGACAAGCUUUUUCCCGGUCUAGUUAGCUAUGAGGGUGAGAAAUGGGCACAACAUCGGAAAAUCAUUAAUCCUGCCUUCCAUAUGGAGAAGUUGAAGCUUAUGUUGCCAGCAUUCCGUGAUACUUGUGCUGAAAUGAUCAAUAAAUGGGAAAUGAUAGUAGCUGAAACAGAAUCAGGGGAGCUAGAUGUGUGGCCAGAUAUAAAGAAACUCACAGCAGAUGUGAUCUCUCGAGCAGCGUUCAGUAGCAGCUACAAGGACGGACAAAGAAUAUUCGAACUUCUGAAAGAACAGACUGACUUGGCUAAUCUUAUGAUGCACUCAAUUUAUAUCCCAGGUUACAGAUUCAUUCCCACACCCAAAAACAGGAGAUUUAAGAAGCUCCAAGAUCAAAUAAAUGGUUUAUUGCGCGUACUUGUGAACACGAGAAAGGAGGAAAUCGAGGCGGGAGAAGAAGUAAAGGCUGACUUGUUGGGUAUACUCAUGGAUUCCAAUUUAAAUGAAAUUCGACAAACUGUUGGCAAGAACAAAGACGAGCAUGCAGGGAUGAGUCUCGAAGAAGUAAUCGAAGAGUGUAAACUAUUCUAUUUGGCAGGACACGAAACUACUUCGACAUUAUUAACAUGGACAAUGCUCUUGUUGAGCAAGCACCAAGAUUGGCAGGCACGAACUAGAGAAGAAGUCUUGCAAACAUUUGGGAGUAAUGUGCCAGAUUUCGAAGGUUUGAGCCAUUUGAAGAUUGUAACAAUGACACUCUAUGAGGUCCUCAGGCUAUACCCACCAGUAAUUCAACUGUCACGAAGGGUAAGUAAGGAUACUGAUCUAGGUAAGUUCUCACUUCCCUCGGGCUCAUUGGUCGCUUUCCCAAUAGUUUUGGUUCACCGUGAUGAGGAAUAUUGGGGAGAUGACGCCCACGAAUUUAAGCCAGAAAGGUUUUCUGAAGGGAUCUCCAAGGCAACAAAAGGAAAUAGCUCAUUUUUUCCCUUUGGAAUGGGACCGAGAAUAUGCAUAGGCGAAAGGUUUGCCAUGGCCGAAGCCAAAAUGGCUUUAUCGAUGAUCUUACAACGUUUUUCCUUUAAGCUUUCACAAUCUUAUACUCAUGCACCCAUAAAUGUCAUGUUUCUACAACCUCAACAUGGUGCUCCAAUAAUCCUACACAAGCUUUGA